AUGGAGCACUCCAAGGAAAAAAUCAUCCUGAAUAUUGGGGGAGUCAGAUAUGAGACCUACAGCAGCACUCUCCAGACCUUCCCAGGGACCAAGCUGUGCAGCCUAACAGAUCCCCAUGCCCCAAGCAUCUACGACUAUGAUCCCACCACCAAAGAGUUCUUUUUUGAUAGGAGUGCUGAGAUCUUCAGCUGUGUGUUGAACUAUUAUAGGACCAAGCAUUUCCACUGCCCCAUUGAUACCUGUAGAUCAGUCCUGGAAGAAGAGCUGGCUUUCUGGGAAAUAGGGGAGGCACAGCUAGCACCCUGCUGCUGGCUGAAGCUGAAUAACAGAGUGGUGCAGACAGAGGAGCUUAACAUCUGGGAUGAAAACCAGCAGAAUGAUGACCAGUGCCUCAUAGUCCAGACAGAAAGAAGGGACUUCAGCUGGCGAACCAGGUGGCAGCCAAAGAUUUGGUCUAUGUUUGAGAAACCCUUUUCCUCAAUCAGUGCUAAGUGUUUGGCUUUUGUUUCUCUGCUGUUCAUCGUUGGAAUUGUCAUCAUAUUCUGUGAGGAGACCAAGGCACAAUUUGAGUUCUUCACUGCAAACUUCACCUCUGUUGGCUAUUCUGAGGUCUCCCACAACCACCAUGAACCCUAUUACCAGCAGGCUGCCUACUUGCUUCAUCUGGAGCUUUUCUGUGUCCUCUGGUUCACCUUUGAGUUCUCUGUGCGAUUUUGCUGUUGCCCAGACAAGAAGUCGUUCUUCCAAAAUCCCCUAAACGUGGUUGACUUCCUCUCCCUCUUCCCAGUUUAUGUUGAACUCUUUGUGGCUGGGCAGAUUCAGAGAAUGCCAAGCCUGGGGCUUUGGCUGGGCUUUGUUCGUGUUAUCUAUCUCCUCAAGCUCCUGAAGAUAUCCAAGCUGAUAGAAACACCACUGAUCCUCAAGGUUCUGUGCUACACCCUCAAGUCUAUCCUCAGAGAGAUUUGUAUCCUGCUGAUGAUUUUGGCCUUUGAAACUCUCUUCUUUGGCUCUCUGUUUUUCUAUGGGGAGUUGCUAGGUAGCCACCCCUCCUACACAGGGGAGCUGCACUUUGUGGACAUUCUUGUUUGCUUCUGGUGGGCUUUGAUCACACUCACCACAGUGGGCUAUGGAGAUAUUAUCCCUCUCACCACAUUUGGCCAAGUGACAGCAGCCUUAGCUGCAAUAUUUGGCAUGUUAACUAUCAUCAUCCCAAUACCCAUUUUCCUGGUGAAAUUUAAAAGCUAUUAUGACAUUGCUGUCUUCAAACAGAAGCUGGAAAGAAACAAGAAACAUUAGCACUGCAGAA